GGCGGCGCCGGCGGCGGGCUAUCGUCAUUCGCGUGCUCGUUCUCGCCGUGGCAUGAGCCGUCCUCGACGCGCGGCGAGGGGCGCCGCCUUCACCGGCCCCUCCCCGAGUGCGUCUCGCCACCCGUGAGCGAUGGGCCACCGGGGUGGCGACGACCCCCUCUGCUUCGACGGCGUCGUCAGGCUGGCCGCGCCCUGCGCCUCCACCUCCGACACCACCGCGGUGGAGGCGGACGCCGCCGAGCCCUACCUCGCCCGGUCCGUGUCCGCCGUGGACAGCGGCUUCCGCGAUGACGACCUUGAUGACUCGGCCAGCUCGUGCAGCAGCGCGACCUCCAGCUGCUAUGCGGGCAGCAACUCCAGCGUCAGCGUCAAGGACUUGGUGCACAGCGCCCUGCACGCCGACGAGCCACCCAUGUCCUUCGGCGACAUCUCCGUCAGGCAUUCGGAGAACGUACAGAUUGGGAACAACACGCACUUCCACGGCAAGGUGACGGUGGUACUGUCCUCGAGCAAGUCCGUCAACGGUGUGGCCGUGCCCGCCGUGCUGCCCGCCGCCACCGAUCCUGACCUGCUGCUAGCGCUCGACAAGGGCCCCGUGCCGCGCUCGCCCGACGGCUCCGUCCCCCCAGGCGACCACGGCGGCCACCUGGGAAGCAACAGUUGCAGGAUCUUCCACAAGAGACGCUGGCUGACACCCCGCCGUCGUUUUAUUAUUCGCCAACCACGCCCUGGGAAAACCAAAGGUGUCUGGCCAGUUUUGUUGACAGAGCGGGCCGGGGCCGAGCAGCGGGCCGUCUCCACCAAGUUCUGGACCAGACCCUGCUUCUACAUCCCCGUCGCCCUGGGGACACUGCUGGUCAGCGCGCUUGCCAUCACGGCCGCGACCUUGUCGUCGUCGUCGCCAACGCCAACGGCCCGGGCGCAGCUCCCCAACGGCCUGACGCUGGUGCCGCGAGACGAGUGGGUGGCCGCGCCGCCCAGGGACGGCAUCAACCACCUGACCACGCCCGUCGAGUACGUCAUCAUCCACCACUCGGCCUCCGAUAUGUGCUACAGCAACCCCGAGUGCGUGAAGCAGACCCGCCACAUCCAGCAGUACCACAUGGAGAGCCGGAACUGGUCCGACAUCGCCUACAACUUCCUGGUGGGCGGCAACGGCUACGCGUACGUCGGGCGCGGCUGGGACCAGGAGGGCGCGCACACCUUCAACUGGAACGCGCGCUCCGUGGGCGUCUGCCUCAUCGGCACCUUCACCUACGGGCGGCCCACCAUCGAGCAGAUGCGCAGCACGCUCCAGCUCCUCGAGUGGGGCGUGACGCUGGGCAAGGUCGCCCCCGGGUACAAGCUGGCGGGAGUGUGCCAGAUGCGCAGCACCGAGAGCCCCGGUCGGCAGCUCUUCUCCGAGAUCAAGCGCUGGGAACACUGGUGGAACUACACGGUGGGGGACUCGUACUGCAAAUGAUAGGGAAGAGCACCCGUGUCUCCCCUGAAUGAUCUCGAAUCCGAUCAGGAGUGACCCCUUCCUCAUCUCACACCGCCUAUACCAGCGCAAUCAAAUCAGUGGUGGCUAGGGGGAUAUGUUUGUGGGGAACUGAAUGUGUCUUCGAGUUGGGGACAUGCCAUAAACAGGCUGUGAUAUAUUUCGAAUAUUUAGAAAAAUUAAGACUGUCCGUGUUCAAGCAAUAAUUAGCCUUAAAAACACAACAAAAAACAGUGUAAAGUAUGUGUUUGCUUUUGCCAUCCAUUUGAAGUUGUUGUACAGACGUUUGUAGAUUUUUUUGAGUUUCUAGGAGUACAUCCACCAUCACUUUGUACACACUUUUAAGAUGUUUUAAAUUAUAAAAUGCCUACUUGAGAACAACAAUAAAUUUCAUUUAUCACA